CUUAGAGUUACAUAAUCUUUAAGUGUAAACUGUAUAGAUCGCGUUAGAAAAAAAAGAGGCCGCAAUAAGUACAAUUUUUGGUAUAUUUUAAGACCAAUCAAUACGUUCUUGGCCAGAAACCAAAAUUUUAAAUAAUUUAUUAGAUGUAAUUUAAAUAUUGUUCUUUCAGUUUCCUAAACGUCAUGGCUGCUAAUGUUGUUGACAAAAAAAGUAUAGACAACGCUAAAGCCAAGAUAUUCGCUGGUUCUAAGACUAGAGGAUUUAUCAUCCUUGGCUAUGCUCCAGGUUCAAUGACAAACAUAGUCUUGCAGACUCAAAUGGAAGAUGGCACUGUUGAAAAUCUGGUUUCUAAAUUAGAUGACUCUCAAGUUCAAUAUGCUCUGAUUCGAAUACCAGACAAAAAAGAUCUGACAGACACGGUCAGAGACGUCAUGGUUGCCUGGGCAGGUCCAAAGGUCAAAGCCGUAGAAAAGAGCAAGAAGAAGACGCACACUGGAUAUAUGAAAGAGGUUCUGGCUCCUUUUCAUGCCGACCUGGAAGCUAUUUCAAAAGCGAACUUUACUGAAGCCGUUCUGAAAGACCGCUCUAACCCGCUUUCCGGAUCUCAUGUGAUUGAUUGAUAUGGUGGUAAUUGUGCUAUGUUAGCUGUCAUCAAUAGGGAUGCAAAUGUACAUUCAGUGCUACAGUGGAAUUUGAUAUAGGGCUGAUAUAAA